AUGUGGAAUCUCACGCGUCUACUCUUGCUCCCCGCGAGUCUCUUGGUCUUCGCGGAGGAGCUGCAAUGGCCUCACAACCUUCCACGAACAGCGAGGUAUUUCCCGGAAGAUGAGUCCCACGUGGAGAGGAAUACGGCGGCGCAAGAGAAGCUGGCAUGGCAGGCUCCGGCUGGAGUGAAGAAGAUGGAGGGGUUCGAUCCCGGGCAGAAGUUUUGGAUGGAAUAUUGGGACUUCGGGGAGAGGACGGGUGGGAAUGGAACGGAAGUGAUGAGAGCAGCGAUGAGACCGCACACGAAUCACGAUCGAUCGAUUCUCGCAAGGAGCCUAUUUGGAAGGGACUUCAAGUGCCCUUCGGACACCAACUCUUGCCGCAACAUCGGGUCCAAUCUCUGUUGUGGAAGUGGUGAGACCUGCGUAAGUACUGGAAGCGGAGUCGGGUGCUGUCCAGAUGGAGCAAGUUGCGGGACUUCGGUCUCUGCUUGCGAUACGAACGCGGGAUAUACGAGUUGUCCGAAUAGCAAUAAUGGGGGAUGCUGUAUACCAGGAGCGCAGUGCUUGGAUACUGGAUGUGUGCUGUACGGGACACGGACUGUGACUACGACGUUGCCCGCCCAGACGGUCACCACUGGGACGAUUAACCCUACUACGACUACUUCUCCGCGCACGACUGCGACUGGAGGGGCUGCCGGCGCAGGGGGAACGACGGUCGUUGUUACCAGCGGAUACACAACCACUGUAACUCUGACUCCUCAAGGAUCUACGGUGACCACCACGGUAAUCUCGCCCACGACCAUCAUCAUCGCGGGAACUGGAGGCGCGUCGUGCAGUGCCGAUUUCUUCAGCUGCCCAGCUUCGUUGGGAGGAGGCUGCUGUCGAAAUGGUCAGGACUGCGUCACAAAGACCCAAUGCGCGGACGUCACGACAACUACGACAACUACGACAACUACGACAGCUACCGCAGCACCACCAGUACGACCUACAAGUGAAGCACCGACUUCAGAUACGCCAAUAUCUCCGGCCGGUACACAAGCAACGACCAGCGUCGCGACUGGCUGCCCUACUGGCUUCUACAUGUGCUCUGCUGUUUACUUGGGGGGCUGCUGCCAGGUCGACCGAGACUGCCAUACCACGUCUUGCCCGCCGACUGCAACAACGAGCGUGAUCACAUCUGGAUUGACGAUUGCAGUGGGAGGCGCGACUGCCGCUUGCGCUCAAGGAUGGCAGACUUGCGCUGCCAGCAAUGGAGGUGGAUGUUGUCCUUCUGGCUAUGUCUGUGGUACGAGCUGCACCAAUACUGCUGGCGGAGGUAACCAAGCAAAGCAGACACAGGGCAGUGCGGCCAUGAAGGGCUUUGCGUGGAGCUGGACUCUGCUAAUUUUUGCUCUGAUGGGCUCUGCGGUCUGUUGGUGA